AUGCUCAGACAUCUCCCCGCCGCCAUCUCUUUCGACAUCGCCGCCACCAAGAAGAUCCCAAAGAGCUGGCCCGCUAUCGGCGACUAUCUUUCCCAGCAAGUCGGCCAUUCCUUCCCCGUACUUGCUUUGUUGAACCACUCGAGGGCCGUCAGGGCUAUUGCCGGCUGUAUUUGCCUCAACUUGGACGCCAUCGUUUGCGGCAUCGAGUCCGACGCCAAGUACCUCAUGGGCAUAGUCUUCGCCGGCGUUAAUCGCAACAGGCUCAUGGCCAAGGAGUUCCGCAAGAUGACCAAGCUCAUGGUUGAUUACUACGACGAGGACUGCAUCAACGCCGUCUACGAGUUUUCCAAGGAGGACACCGAUUUCUCAGUCGAUUUCAUGGACGCCCUCACCGACUCGGCCUUGAGGGACACUCCCUUGUCCGAGAUGCAGGUCCGCAUGCUAUACAUCGCAAAGGCCAGUUCAUAUGCCCCCACGAGGACAACCCAGGCCGUCGUCGACUCUACAAAGGCCCCGUGCUUCAAAAUAUAA